CGCGCUGCGCGACAUGGCGGCGCCGUGAGGCGGUCCCGGUGUCUGGCGCCCCGCGCUGCUCGGCCUCCAUCGCUCGCUCCCUGCGCCAUGAGGAACCUGCGGCUGCUGCGGGCCGGCGGGUGCCGCUCCGCCGCCUCCACAGGCACCCCGCAGUGCUUCUGCCUCGGCGCCGAGGCCGGCGCGGUUCUUGUGGGUUCCCAGUACGGGCUCGUGGAGCUGCGCCCCGGCGGGGACUCGGUGUCAAGACAAGUUUCCCUGACUGUGGAUGGGUUCUUGCCUGAGGAUGGAAGUGGCUGCAUCGUGGGUGUUGAAGAUCUUCCAGAGCAGGAGAGUGUGUGUGUUGCUACAGCAGCUGGAGACAUCCUCCUGUGCAAUCUGAGCACGGAACAGGUGGAAUGUGUUGGAAGUGUGGAUAGCGGUCUGAGUGUGAUGAGCUGGAGUCCUGACCAAGAGCUUGUUCUGCUUGCAACAGGUCAGCAGACACUCAUCAUGAUGACAAGGGAUUUUGAACCAAUUACUGAGAAGCAAAUCCACCAAGAUGAGUUUGGAGAAGGAAAGUUUGUUGCUCUUGGCUGGGGUAAAAAGGAGACACAGUUCCAUGGAUCAGAAGGGAAACAGGCAGCACAUCGCAAACAGACGGAAGUGUUACCAGCAUCAGCCUGGGAUGAUGGCAGGCCUCGCGUGACAUGGAGAGGAGAUGGGCAGUUUGUUGCAGUGAGUGCUGUCUGUCCAGAGACAGGUGCUCGGAAGGUCCGGGUAUGGAGCAGAGAGCUUGUGCUGCAGUCAACAAGUGAGCCUAUCUCAGGAUUAGAACAAGCACUGUCCUGGAAGCCCUCAGGAAACCUGAUAGCAUCUACACAAGAAAAACCCAACAGACAUGAUGUGGUUUUUUUGGAAAAGAAUGGACUUCUUCAUGGAGAGUUCACCCUCCCUUUCCAGAAAGGGCAGGUCAAAGUUAAUGAAAUGCUUUGGAAUGCAGAUUCUACAAUUCUGGCUAUAUGGCUGGAAGACAUGAAGGUGGAAAACUCCAACCCAAACACUUAUGUUCAGCUCUGGACCACAGGGAACUAUCACUGGUACCUAAAGCAAAGCCUACACUUCGGUAGCUUGGAGGAAAAUCGGUUGGUGUCACUGCUCUGGGACCGAGAGAACCUGUAUAGGCUACACAUCCUCUGCCAGGACUGGCAUUAUCUCUUCUAUGACUGGCACUGGACCACAGACCAUGGGCUGGGGGAGAAUAGUCAGCAUAUGGCAAAUGUGGCUGUUAUAGAUGGAGAUAAAGUGCUUGUCACAGCCUUCCAGCACGCUGUGGUGCCUCCACCCAUGUGUACCUAUGAGCUCCAGCUCCAACAGGCAGUCAAUCAGGUUGCAUUUCACACAGAUCCCGGACAAAGUGGGGACAUGGCUGUCCUGGAUGCUGAUAACAGGAUCUUUGUGUACAGAUAUGGACAAAGUACAGUGAAUGACCCUUCCGUCAAGUUUGGAGCUGUGGGAGGAGAUGGCUUUAAAGCAUCUGUAGAAACACCGUACCUGGAUAAAAUCUAUAGAAUUGAUGUGAGCAGCAGCAGCAAUGAAGUGAUGAAUCCUCUGGGGCUCCGAUUUCUUACCUGGCUGCCAGAUGACAGCUUCCUGGUUGUUGGUCAAGGUCAGCAUGCUGCUCAGUCUGUCCUUCACCAUCUGACUGCAGUGCCUCACGUGGCUGGAGCUGAAGAAGAGUGCCUGAAUUUACGGUUGUCAGUGCCUGUAGAUGGAGAAGUGAUCAGCCUGUGCUGCAGCCCAGUGACCAAAACUGUAGCUCUGCAACUGACUGAUAGACGGAUCCUAAAAUACCUGUGGGAGGCUUCUACUCCAGCCCUUGAGCCCUGGCAGAGUAGCAGUAGCUCUGCUGUUCAGUUCCCCUACCGUUGUGUGCAGACUUCCAUCACGAGGAUCAGUGGUGAAGAGGUGAUCUUGGGCCUCACAGAUCGAUGCCGGUUUUUUGUUAAUGAUUUUGAGGUUGCUUCUAACAUCACAUCAUUCGCAACAUACAAUGAGUUUUUGUUGGUGACAACCAACUCACACACCUGUCAGUGCUUCUGCUUGAAGAACUUGUCAGUGAAGGCCCUCCAGGCUAGCCUGAGCAGUGCUGCUGCACCCAGCAGUGAGACCCUGCGGAAGGUGGAGCGAGGUUCACGUAUCGUCACCGUCGUUCCCCAGGACACCAAGGUGGUGCUGCAGAUGCCAAGAGGAAAUCUGGAGACCAUUCACCACCGUGCUCUGGUUCUUGCCCAGAUUCGGAAGUGGCUAGACAGGCUUAUGUUCAGGGAAGCUUUUCAGUGUAUGAGGAAGUUGCGAAUCAACCUCAAUCUUCUCUACGACCACAAUCCCAAGGUAUUUCUGGAAAACACGGAAACCUUUAUCAGGCAAAUAGAUUCUGUGAACUAUAUCAACUUGUUUUUCACAGAACUGAAAGAUGAAGAUUUCACGAAGAGUAUGUACCCAUCUCUGAAUGGUAGCAGUAACAGCCAGCCAUACCAGCAUCCUGAUCAGAAAAAAGUAAACCUCAUAUGUGACGUGAUGAGAGUUGCCAUGGAACACAUUGACCCUCAAAAAUACUGCCUAUCAAUACUGACAGCACAUGUGAAGAAGAGUCCUCCAGAACUGGAAAUUGCUCUCCAGAAGGUUCACAAUCUUCGAGAAAGCAUAACACCAGAUGUCCAGGCUGUGAGUGCAGAAGAAGCACUGAAGUACCUGCUUUUCCUUGUGGAUGUCAAUGAAUUGUAUGAUUAUUCCUUGGGGACAUAUGACUUUGAUUUAGUCGUCAUGGUGGCAGAAAAGUCUCAAAAGGACCCAAAAGAAUACUUGCCCUUCUUAAAUACCCUCCGGAAGAUGGAAACCAAUUAUCAGCGAUAUACAAUAGACAGACACUUGAAGAGGUACACAAAAGCUCUUGGCCACCUCAGCAAAUGUGGUCCUGAACACUUCUCUGAAUUUCUGAACUUGGUGAAAGAUCAGAAUCUGUAUUCUGAGGCCUUGAAGCUGUACCCUUCUAGCACUCAGGAGUACAAGGAUAUCAGUGAUUCAUAUGGAGAGUACUUGAUUCAGAAGCAGCUGUAUGAACAGGCUGCAUUGAUAUUUGCUCGUGCUGGCAUCUUUGCAAAAGCACUUGAUGCUUUUCAGAGCAGUGGCAACUGGCAGCAAGCCCUGUGCAUGGCAUCACGGCUUGGUUACACAAAGGAUAAGCUGUCCAGCCUGGCACAGAGCAUGGCAGGAAAACUAGUUGAACAGAGAAAGUAUGCAGAGGCAGCCAUACUCCUGGAGCAGUACACUCAGGACUAUGAAGAGGCUGUUCUCCUGCUCUUAGAAGGGGCUCUUUGGGAAGAGGCUUUGAGACUGAUUCACAAGUAUGAUAGACUGGAUAUCUUGGAAACCAACUUGAAACCUGCCAUUUUGGAAGCUCAGAAAAGUCAGCUGAUCUUCCUAGAUUCCCAGAAAGCAGCAUUUCUUCGCCAUAAGAAUCGCCUGCAAGUGGUGCGAGAGCUGAAGGAGAAGGCCUGUGAGAAUCUUCAGGAUUAUGAAGUGCCAAAUUGCCCAGAAUUGGAACUUUUCUCUGAAACCAGCAGUGUUGUGACAGCCAGUGACAUGAACAGCAAAUACACACACAGCAAUUCAAGAAUAUCAGCGCGGUCCUCAAAGAACCGACGCAAGGCAGAGCGUAAGAGAUACAGCCUGAAGGAGGGGAGUCCUUUUGAAGAUAUUGCCCUUCUGGAAGUCCUGGGAGAGAGUGUUCGUGCUGUUGAGACUGUGAAAGGAGAGAUACACAUCCUUCUGAAGCAGCUUGUGCUCUUUGGUUAUGAUGAGCAAGCUGGAGCACUGCAGCAAGUCCUGGAAGAGGUUUUGCAGUUGAUGGAGACCUCAGUCCCAGAAAUCUGGACUCCAGACCUGCAACAGAGCUCUGUUGGCCUGGUCUUGGGACCCAAUUCAACUGCAAACAGCAUUAUGGCUGCUUAUCAGCAAAAGAGGAUGAUGCCUCCUGUUGUACAAGAUCCAGAAGUACUGACUCCACCAAAAUUCAAUAAAAAUCUACAGUGGAAGCUGCAUCUUUUCCAAUAACCAGAAGCCAAGGAAUCCCUGUGGACUCUGAACUCCUAACUUUUCUUAUAAUUUCAUUGUAUCUUUGCAGAAGCUGUUGCUGUUCUGGUGUUUCUGAUACACUGUUCUUAGGGCUGUGCAAGUGAAGGGUCCCUCCACCUGGUGCAGCUGUGACUGCAACCCCUAUGGUGUCACACUUAUGGGCACAGCCACUCAUGUCCACUGCAGAGAUGGUUUAUGAGGCAGGUUAUGCAGCUCUGACAGCUCCUACCACUGUUCCUCCCUUCUGAAUGAAGCAAUUCCACCAGUUAUGGAUGGGUUAUCUUCACUGCCAUCCCUCCCUUCCAGAGCUGAUAACCUGCCAUGAUAAGAGGCCACUUUUUAAGCACUUCAGCCUGCUUUAGAGAACUUGCUGUAAGACUGUACGAAUAGCAAAUUAUUCUAGUUGCCAAACAAAUGUUGUGUCUCUCUGCUGAAGCUGGGUGUUGACGAUACCAGAUUUUCGUCGUUGCUUUGUUACAUCAGAGUGAAUCCUGCAGUGCCAACAGCCAUUGUUGUAUUGAAAUUGGGCCUGUUCACAGCAGGGAGGUCUUGGACAGAGGAAAACACGAAUAAAAGCAGGGCAGAGGUGUUGGUGUCCCACUCUGCUGGAUAAUACUGCCCUAAUUAUCUGAGAUCAAAGAAGAUGGAGUGCUUUAUGGCACUGACUAAGCAGCAGCUGUAUCCUGAUAAUGCUGUACACUAUUGCAGAAUUGUGUCAUCUGGAAACUGAUCUUGUACUGAGAAUUAGAUUUUGUACUGAGAAUUAGGACCCCAGAACACUUCUGUUGUCUGAUUCGGGACAUGACAGCAGUAGUUCUGAGAGCAGAGGAAGGAGACGAGGCUGGAAACCCUCUCAGUGGUAGCAUCCCCUUCUUGGUUAAUUUUGGCCUGGCAGCUGCAGUGUUCAGGCCAUUUCCAUUGGGGCCUGCAGAAAAACACCUUACGAACAAAGGUGCGUACUGUUUGUUGGAGUUGUUUAAUGGCACAGCAGUGCACUGUGUUCUGACUGCACAGCAUGUGCAGUGCUGCAGGUCGCUGUUUUUGUGUGGCAAGAACUCCAUCAGAUUGGGGUGGCCAUUUAGUCUUGCACCAGCUGUGUUGUGCUGGCUUGGGCUUGCUGGAAGGGAGUGGUGAAAGUCUUUUUUCUGCAUGAAGCAUUGGAGCACAUCUUGUUUCCAGUUGUUCUGAGUUGCAUGGUCUGUUCUGAGAUGUGUGGGGGUGACUUAAGACUGUUGUCAAAUACUGUGAGUACACUGGAAAGACAUUCUUCGAGAGUAAAGCCUUUUGAGAUGGCAAAACACAUGGAAGAUUUUAUGGGACAAGACUGUUUCACCAAAUCUGGGUUUCAAAAUGGUAGCAGAGCAUAGUCCAUGGUGAAAUACAGAAGCCAUCUACCAGAUCUGGAGAAAGGGUUGCUGAGGGAGUCUGUGCUCCUUUGCAGAGCACUCUGGCCCUGCAACUGAAAUAUGACACCAGUAAUUCCUGACAUUCCUAAAUCUGAUGCCAAGAAAUGCUGAGGUCUUGCACAACCGAAUCUAUUGUCUAGAAAGAGAACACAAGAAAAGAUAAAAUUCCCACUGGUUUACUGAGGAUUCCUGAUUGUGCCUAAGUAUGUGUACUAUUUCUUUUUCCAUCAUGGUGAUGGUGGAAAGCCUAAGAUCCUUUUGUGUUAGGUGUGCUUUCUUGUUCUCCCACCAAGGCAAAACCCCUUUAAGUCUGCUAUCCAAGUGAAAGACCAGUCUUCUAAAUCAUUUAUCAAAUUCUUACUGUCUUCCCCUAGCUCUUUCUCUCCUGAGUGAACUUGGAGUAGGGAGCAGUUGAGCGGGGAGCAGCACUAGCAGCAGUGUGGGUGAGCCUCAGCGGGGGAGAUCCUGCUUACUACUUCUGCAGUUGCUGAACCUUAGUUUUUCUGAGCAGCAGCUAGGAGUCUCAGCUUUCCCUUGAUUUCUGCUGUCAUGUUGUUUUGCUUUAUUAGUGAUGUGUGUAAUCUUGAAAUACACUCAGCUUUACUUACUGUCAUUACAGACACUUUGAAUUUACUCUUAGGAAUUCUGUGGGGGCUCCUACAAACAGAGUUACCAGGAAGUAAACCAUUAAUGGAAAAAUAUGGAGUUAACUUUAAAAAGGUCUCAACCUCUGAACAAAUAUGGCUAUAUGGAAGCCUGCUUCUCUUGUUAGAUAUUUUUCACCUGUCUGCUGAUUAGCUUCAUUAAACACAAAAGGAAAAUAAAUCCAUCAAGUUCAGUAGGAAGUUUCAUGAACAGAUCCACAAACAGUGUGGUUCAUUGGAGCAGUAGACUGUACUUCUUGUUAUGUUAGAUUGCCAGUGAUAAACACAUCUGCCAGAUACAAGUGUGGAGUGCUUUGUACAAGUCUUCCCAGGUAUACUCCAGUGGAGUCAGAGUCACAGAUCUUUCCAAAGAGGCAUCCUUGCUCUGGGGGAGGGAUGAGUAAGACCCUUGACUUUUCUGCAAGGUGGUUAUGUUCUCAUCCUCUGCCUUGGAGGCUUUCAAAGAAUAAAUUUAGUAUGUUUGGGAGAAGCAGAGGUGAGACAAUAGCCUCAUAUUCUAUAAUUGCAAUUAUAAACAGAGAGGAAGGGGAGAGAACUUUCUUUGUAAAUGAGUAUUAAGAGUUACAAAGAGAGAACAAAGGCAGUGGGGUUUUCCUAAGGGUGGAAUAGAACUCUCGUACCAUUCUCUUCCACCUGGAUGGCUGCUGGGGCAGGGGUCAUCUGGCCCUCCACCUGAUAACCUGUCACCCCAUCAGCCCAUGUUAAUCCCUUCACAUACCUCAUGACAUUCUCAUAGAAAAUCCUUUACCACAUCUUCCUUGGCUUUAGGCCCCAUUCCUGUAACAGUAUCAUGGAAGAUAAUACAACUCCAGAAGAGAUGUAAUUACAGCCAGGUAGGGAAGUGAGAUGCUUUAUCAUCACUGCUGAUUAGUGUUAAGGUUAUGCUGCUAUUCUGUGGCUCUCUUCCAAGAUGUUGUAUUGGUUGCUUUCAGUCUCCUGUAUGCACUUACCAGCUGUAGAGGAAAGAUUGGAGGAAGGCUGUGAUUCCCCUGCAAAGCCACGCACAAAGUAAUUUGUGACAAUAUCUAUGUUUUCUGCCUUAGUUUCCUUCGUGGCCUUGAGGCUACCCUACAGGUGGCUGUCCUUUUUUGGCUUCAGAGAGUUUGUGUCCACUGCUGCCAUUCCUGCAGACCUUUCCCAUGCAGUGGUGACCUCACACAGUGCUGCCAUCCCUCCCCCUGGGUCAGCCCUGGUGACAGUGGUUCUCCUGGUGAUGUCACUGAUUUACAACAUCGUACAUAGGCUUGUCCCUCUGAACUGAGCUCCGCAUUCGAGUGUGUGGCAACUGUGACUCAGCUGCACACUGCUUCCAAACAGAUGGAUUGCAGGGGUUUAUGCUUCACUCUGACCAGCUCUGAGAGGUACUUAAAGCAGAUGUGAUGGCCCAUGGGCCAUAAGCAGCACAUUUCACUGUGAGGAAGCAUGGCUUCCCUUUCUGGCCUGUGUCUGCUAUGAUGAAGACCACAGCUCUUGAGCAUUUGCAACUGGCCUUGGUCCAAAUCAGUUCCAGUUGCAAAGCAUUAUCACUUUACCUUGAGCCAGCUGAAGCCCUAGUUUGUGACAAGAAUGGAUUCACAGACUGAAUUUUUAUCAUUGUGCUUUUGUCAUUUUUCCUUACUCUAAGCUUAAUGUUGUCAUUUAAGGCAUAUUACUGAUGUCAGCAAUAGCUGACCUGUGACUGGUGUUUUAAAUUAGGCCAUGGCCAACUGUUCACCUUACUGUACCCCAUUCUGGUGAAAGAUGGUUUAAAAAGAGAUUUUGCACAGUGAGUCAUAGGAGAACAAUACAUACUUUAAAGACCCAGAAAAGUGGGAAAUGGCAAGGUCUUGCAGAAUAGUUUUGAAACAAGUAGAGAACACAAACAGAAAUCGUGCACAUGAUACUCAACACCUGCAUUUGGCAGCAUUCCAUAUGGCAACAUUCUGGUUUUACUGAAAUUAAUUAAAUCAGCUAAAAAAACAUCCUUCAGAUGAACUUAACUCAUUAUAAUGUGAAAGCCAUGUCUCUAAAGCUUAGACUACCCACCUCCAAAUGAAGAAUCCUACCUACUGAAACAUGAACAAUAAAUUUGAAAUGCAUUGUACCUUUAAAUUGAACCAGGCAAGCUAUUGAGUAGGCAGGUAGACUUCAGGUGGGUGCAGACUUAAGAUAUUUUGAAAAUAUCUUAGUUAUACCGCUUGGCUGGAAUUGGGUGUGCUGGCUCUGUGGAUUCACCACCCAGCACCCAUCUCUGCACAAGCAUGAAAUAAACGUGACCCUCUGUGUGGAUUGGUUUCUUGCA